AUGAAUACAGUCAACUUCUAUUUCAGUUUAAUAAUCACAAGUUACAUUACUUUAAUCAUUUGUGUCAAAAAUAAUUCCACAAACCCUAGAUCAUUUGAUAAUAACAAUAAGAAGAAAGCUCCGGCCGCACAUAAAUCUCCGGUAUUCGACUGCGAUUGCUUUGAUUAUUACACGAACUACUGGUUCCGGUGGGACACGUCUAUUAACCGAGAGCUAAUUCAUCAAGUAAUUGAAGCUAUUGAAGAAAACUUUACCAGUAGUGAACAGGUUACCUGUCGCGGCCGUAAACCUAACCAGAAGAAAGAGAAGGCGAGUCAUCGGAGGUUCGCCGGAAAAGCUUUAAAUCGUCCGCCAGAGGUUUCGGUUUCGCCUCCGUACGACAUCUCAUUAGUUGAAGAAUGUGCAAAGGAAGAACAUGAGGUAGUGGAGGAGUCGCUGGAGACGGAUGCAACGGCGAGAAGAGGACUUCCGGAAGUGAAAGGGUUGUUUAACUGGCGUUUGUGGGGACUUUGGAGUCCGUGA